UUGGACGCACAUUGCUUUUUUCUUAAAAACUGUUGAUCUGAAGAACACUGAUUUAUCUGAUGUCACUGUAGCACAAAUAUUAGACGAUGCGUUUUAUUUUUUGGUGCAAAAUACAGAAUAUAAUGACAAUUCUACUUCAGAUAAAAAUGAUCUAAACAUAUAUCUUGAAAUUGCAAACAGUACAUUUCUUGUACACAAUUCUUAUAUAAUGUGGUAUCCUGUAUUUUUUGCUCUUGAACAUAUGUCGAAGAUUUUUCCGUUUCCAGAAAGGAAACUUUCCAGAAAUAUCAAGGAUAAACUUCUGGCAAUAUUGAAUAGGUUUCUUGAUGAUAAAUCAUAUACACGUUGGUGUGAGAAUAGUGCCAGUAAUCAAUUCUAUCAUGAAGUUUUAAAAUGGACAUGCAUUCUCGGUGGUUCAAUGUGUAAAGAACAUGUUAAUCAAAUGUUAGAGUGGCAUUUUAAUAAACCUGCGCAAAACAGAUUUUUGUCAAGUUGGCAAAAAUGGAUAUAUUGCCAAGGAUUAAUGUUAGAAACUGUCACUUAUGAUAAAUCUGCUUUGUGGCAAAAAAUUUUCAACAUAUACCAGACACAAGGAAAAGAAGAAGAUUUCUUUGAAUUUUUACCUUGCUAUAAAAAUCACGAGUAUUUGUACACUUUCCUGUCUUUUCUUGAUCGUAAUUCGUUACCAAGACCUGGAAGUAGUUUACGUGCCAAAAACAGUGAUACUGAUAAUAUUGGCUAUUUAGUAUACAAUUCGGUCUACAGUUUGGAAUAG